AUGGAAAAGACUGUAAAAUUUGUGUUAUUUUUUGUUAUUUUUAUUGCAUCGCGAUUCACAGAAGCGACUAAAUUAAACUAUCCAAGAGUUCUCUUGCCUAUAUUCAGAGAAAUAUCUGUCAAUUUUACCUUGGAAGCAACUGAAAAAGGCUGCUUUAAAUGGACAUCAUCCAGACAAGAUUUGAUAUUGAUAACCCCCCUUUAUGAAGACGCUGAAAAUGAGUGUUCAUAUAUGGCCGUGGUGACUGUAUUGUCGCGGAAUCCUCGGCGUAAUACAGCUAUAGUAUUAGCGGAAAAUGCAGCAACGGGCGAUUCACUUCGAUGCGAUGUAAUACUCGAUGUUAUCGAUAAACUGGGAGUAAUUACUACCACUCGCCAGCUUUACCUUGAAGAGGCACCAGAGACUUUUGUUUUACGAGCUGAAGAUUCUCAAGGCAAUGCUUUUACUACUUUGGAGGGCGUGUCGUUCAAUUGGUCAAUAUCGUCAUUAAAAAAAGACAAUAAAGAUUGGGUUCCCGCUUUAAGAUUUUUAACUUUCGCUGAAAGUUCAUAUCAUGAGGUGCCUUCAUCGUUAGAAAAAUUUGAAUCGAAUGGGUUAAGAGGAUACAUGGUUCUUUUAGAGGGCAUUAACACCGGUCCUGCAAAAGUUACUGUGAAUAUGCCUUACCCAGAAUAUAGUCAGGUGCCAAUUAUUGAAGUUCAUAUUAGCGUAUUGGCUAACAUUAUUUUAGAACCAUCAGAUGUAUUCGUUUUGGAAGGCGAUAAAAUAAAUUUUCGAAUAUUACAAUUAAAAAUGGGUAGAUUGACAGAGAUAUCUCUCAGCAAUCAAUAUUUUAUGGAAAUUGAUGACAACGAAGUCGCUAGUAUAAGAGGUACAAGUGCUACAGCCCUUAAAUUAGGUCGUACAUCGGUUAUUUUGCGUGAUCGAAACGUGCCAUACGGAGACGAUUAUUUCGAUGAUAGCCAAAUGACCAAGCCAUCAGCACCUAGCGCACGAAUUACUGUAGCAAAUCCGAAAAAAUUAAGUCUAAGUCUUCUACCACACAAUAACUGGAUAACUGUGGAGGGUGAAAGACAUGAAAUAGCGCUGGAUUUGUAUACUAAAGACGAUCAGAAAAUUAUGCUGGGCUCACGUUAUACCACAAAUACUGAAUUAGAUGAAUCACUGUUUCGUGUCAUUAAACGUAGUAGAAAUGGUUCGCGUAUAUAUGGCGAAGCAAUGAGGACAGGCGUCACGCCUGUUUAUGGAUCGUUUAAAGAGCUAACUGUACAAGCUGAACUACAUAUAUUUGGCGAAUUGAAAAUAAAGCCAGUCAAAGUCAUACUGCCUUAUGACCCGAACGUUAUCAAAACACAACGAAUUCAUUUUCAAGCACAAGGUGGUGAUGGCUCCUACGUGUGGCUGUCCUUACAACCUCGGCUAUUGCACAUAAAUCAGAAUGGUGUGGCCACGACGGUGAUAAGUGAAAGUGAUAACAAACAUUUUAUGGAUUCUCUUGAUAGUAAGAAUGCGGUCGUCGCACAUGCUCACGUUAAAGUCGCUUUAGCUAAAAAUUCAAAACUUUCGCGCCAGGCAGAUAUAUAUUUUGUUCCACCUAGUAGGCUGGAAAUACUGAAGUACAAUUUUGAAACUGCUUUGAGAGAUUUUGUAAUAUUACACGUUGCUGUCUACGCGCAAAUCAAUGGGACUUUAGUGCCUUUCUCAAAAUGUGAGAAUCUCGUUUUUGAUUAUGAAUUUUCGAAUCCAAUAUUUCAAGUGGAUUACAAUGCGGCUACAGUUGGCAUAGCUCCAAACGCUUGUCAGGUUGUACAUUUGCGUAGUUCGGCAGUUGGUUUUACGCAUUUGCGUCUUUCGUAUAAGUUCAAAGAUAAAGUUCUCAAGGAUGAAGUUUCGCUUAGCGUGUUUGAACCCUUGGGCGUUUUGUAUCCCGCGAGUAAUGAGAUUAUCCUCCCCAUUGGAGCAUCGUAUAAUAUUAUCUAUGCUAAUGGUCCUCAACGUAUUUAUACCCUUGAAGCUGAGCUUACCAAAAGCAGUGAAUACGACUUGAAUGUCGCCCGUGUAUCGGAAAUUAAUUUUGACACUCAAAAUAAUUUGUAUGCUUACGUAGUUCUUUGUCGAGAAGUUGGCGAAACUCCGCUCACGUUCACUAUCUUUAACGCGUUGUUUACAUCAAGUUUCCAACCAUAUAUAUCUUCGGUCGUCACAAUGAUUCAUUGUGUUAAGCCACGUUUUCUAAAUCUUUACACCAGUGAACAGGUACGCUCCUCGUGUCCUUUAGAGAUGAAAAGCUCUUUGCUUCAACUUAAAGAGCGCGAUGAUAAAUUUGAAAUAGAAAUUGAAGUACAAGACGUUAAAAAUCGCAAAUUAUUGAAUAUUACAUCGCUACUCAUUCAUUGGGAGUUUGCAGGAGGCGACCAAAGAUAUCAAGUAGGAACCAUAAUGCAUAGCCGUCACACGGAAGAAGAGAUUCAUGAAGGCAUCCAUUUGCCGAGCAAGGAUAUACUAGUUGCCAACUUGAACCAAGUGACUCCAAAUUUUCGCAUUAAAGGCACGGUUACAAAUUAUGAUGAGUUAAUCCUAAGAAAAGAACACAUAUAUUCAGAGGAGCCACCGUUUGGUAUUAAAAACCCAAAAACUGGGGAAAUCCUGACACCGAUUAUCGAAAAUGAAAUUCGUUUUAUGACAGUCAAUACUACCUUCUUCAGUAGCGAUCAUAUCAGUGUGUUUUUGGCAAAGAAUCGACGUGAACGCGUACCAAUGACACAAGGAAGCGGUUUUUACGAGUUUCAUCUAACCGAUCCCAGCAUUGCUCAUGUGGAUUUCGACGUCAAAGAGAGGACACUUGUUAUUACACCUUUGCAUAUUGGACACACUCGUUUGGAACUGGUGGAUCGUUGUUUGACCAAUGAACCUGCCUAUUUAUCUAUUUCAGUGGUUAGUAUUGGCGAAAUACGUGUACGCGCGCCAGACCGUGUAGAGCGAACCAAAUCAAUAACAGCUAUUAUUCAAUUAUAUGAUACUUACGAUAAUUUGAUACGCGUCGAUCCUUUUAAUUUGCAAAUGUAUGAGUUGUCCCAAGAAAUAUUUAGUGCAAACAUAUUAAGCAUCCAACUGGGAGAUCAAAACAAUUUAGAUGUUGGCGAAAUCAGAUAUAUAAUAACAGCGAAUAAUUUGGGUGAAGCAAAAAUUGUAUUCAGUGCUGGUAGCGGUGAUAUGCUAGUAUCCAGCGAACCAAUCGACAUACAAGUAUUUCCUCCAUUAAGAUUGUAUCCACGCAACUCUACCCUGGUAGUUGGUUCAAAUAUGCAAAUUUAUUAUCAAGGCGGACCGCAACCGGAUGUAAACAUCGUCUACCAUGUGCAUGACCAUAAAGUUAUAUCAAUGGACUCUGCUCUUGUAACUGCCCAUAAAUUGGGGGAAACGAAGAUUACUGGUAAAUGCAUUGUAAGAAAUCCCAGCAAUGAUAAAGAUGAGGUAAUAUCAGAGGAUACCCUUGAGAUACAUGUUGUGCCUUUAGUCAAUAUACAAAUAAAGACACCGUUAGUUAGAAUACGCAGUGGGGCAAUAAUGCCCGCGGCUAUAUGGGGGAUGCCUAAUUUGUCGCCUAUGAUUUUGGGAACCUUGGCUAACAUGCAUAUAUCCUGGUCUACCGAUCAACCGGAUAUUAUUGAAAUUUACAAUAUUUUUGCUGAUGCAGGUAUUAAUUAUGAUGAUACGAAUUUGGUAACUGCGCGCCUCAAAGCUUUAAACCCUGGGAAAGCUAAAGUCUUAGCAUCUGUAAUACUACCAGGAGGGCAAAAGAUUUCGACGUCUGUUGAAGUUGUUGUUUUCAAAAUUCUGGAACUUGAAUCACCUAAGCUAAUAACUACAGAUAGUAUUUUGUUGCCACCGCGUGCUACUGUACAGUUAAAGACAAACCUCGAUGAUGCCGUUUUUCGUUUAUCAAGCGAAAGCAAUUCAGUUGUUCAUGUUAGUUCUGACGGGAUUAUACGUUCUCAAGACGUUCUUGGUCGUGAUCUAAUAAUUGCGAAAACUUUCGACCAAUCAUUGGCAAUCGAUGUUGAAGUGAAAAAUGUACAGUAUAUCUUAGCAUCACUGGAUUAUCCGACAAUCAAAUUAAAACAGCCUGCGAAAAACUUACCAAGUGGUUUAAAUUUUGUUUUAAAAAUUUCCUUACACGAUAACUUGGGUAACGAGUUUUCCCAUAACGUUGAGGAUGUAACUGGACUGAAGUACGAUAUUUCUCACAAGGAUAUAGUUGAUGUUCAAAUCGGCAAUAACUUAACAGUUGCUGUAAAUUUGCCACGCGAAACCAAUAACAUGAUAGCCAUAAGUCUGAAGGACAACAUCGGAGUGAAAUACGCUGAAGAUUACAUUAAACUGGCAGUGCGCGAAUCGAAAUAUGUGUUCCCAGCAAAAACAAUUUUCUCUGUUGGUGACAUAAUAUGCUUCGAAUCACCGUUAACAGUGUCAUCGACUUGGAGUAGUUCGGAUGAGCAAAUUCUAACGAUUGAUAGAUAUACGGGAGUUGGCAAAGUACUUGGCAACCGUUAUAAAUUAGGCGAAAAAGUGGCAGUUACCAAUGGUGAUAAGGCAAGCGGCAAUUUUAUAAAAUAUGAUGUCGAAGUUCGUGAUGCUGAUGUGAUACAAUUUACGAAAUCGUUCGAUAUAUUUAGUGGUUCAACAUAUCGAGGAGAAUUUGUGAUACGUAAUCAUUUACAAGUUGACAAAUUCACAAAUUUGGUGGCGAAAAACGUUACAAGGUGUUCGAGUAUGUUGGAUAAAAUGCCUAAUAAAUUAUUUAAAUGUCAACUUAGAAGCGAGAAUUCCUUAGGAAAACAAUUAUUGCAACAUUAUCAAGUGGCGGGCAUAUUCGACCAUGAAAUUGGUCGUUAUGCUUGUGAUAUUAAUCUGAAAACUUCAUUCGACGAUGUGCUUAAUCUAAUCAAGAACAAUGACGUACACUUUGAUUUAGAGGUUGUAAUGUUUAGCGGUUUAAUGGACAGCAUAUCAUUGAAGCUUGUGCCAGGCAUUAAAAUUAUACCAGAUAUUUUGUUAGCCGACAAUGCCAAAGAACAAGAUUUAACCAUUACUGGCUUAGAUAAGGUUCUACAAAAACUUGAGGUAAAAGCAUCAGAUGCAUCUGUAGUGAGGGUGACAUCUUACACAAAAGCUCAUGGAACUUUACAUUACAAGAUAACGAUUUUAAAAGAAUUUCCGAUUGAUGAACAGUUUUAUGUGAAUGUUCAUUCGCCAGUCACAAUGCAGGAUAUACAGAUACCUCUAGUCGGGACAGCGGUUGCGCCUCAAUGUUCUCAGCAGCCAUUCAGUGCAGCUCCAGCGUAUAUAUUAAAGUUGUUGUCUAAUUUGGGUCUGAUCGUAACUGUUGUUAUUCUGGUGGCGUUUACAGUAUGGUUGUAUUUUUCUUUAAAUCCUUCAGUUGGCACAACACAAAUUAAUCCAGACGUUUUUGUUACUGCCAAAAAUCUUACGCCAAACUCUGUGUCCAGUUCCCCGGCCAGCCCGGUGAGAGAUUCUCCUGAAAUUUUGCUUUCACCAUAUUAUAAUCGUGGCAGCCCGAGCAGUGUUGGCAGUUUAUCGCCUGGAAACGAAUCUUUAGUGUACGGAGAUACAACUUUAGUCUCGCCUCAAAGGAGAUUACAUCGCAGAUGUUUAUGAGAAAAUUGUUCUUAAUUUAUUAUUUAUGCAUCUGCGGUCUGCACAACCGUAAAUACGCAGUUUUUAUUGUAUUCGAGUUUUAUGAGAAUCACGUCAAACGUAACGUCAACAAGCCAUCGUCAUCGUCAUCGUCAUCCGCACCCUUGAUGGUAAUUUUAACAAAAGCUUAACGAAAAAAAUAAAUUUCGCUUGAUCUCCGUUAAUUGUUCUCUACAUUUUAUUCUGAAGCGUCGAUUGGUGUUGUUGUCCUAUAACUAUUUUUUUUUGUUUUUUUGCUAAAAUU